AUGGAAGUUGUUACCAUCGUCGACGAAGAAAACAACAAAUAUGCCUUUAAACGAUACAACGGACACCCGUUUCCCUUAGAAAACAUUGGAAAUGUUAGAGAUCAGCUUGAAAAAAUAGCCAACCACAAUAUUAAGGAGGACGAUGUGCUGGUCAUGGAACUUGUUACCGUCGUCGACGAAGAAAACAACAAGUACGCCUUUAAACGUUACAACGGAUACCCGUUUACCACGGAUUUCAUUGGAAAUGUUAGAGAUCAGCUUGACAAAAUAGCCCAGCGCAAUAUCAAGGAGGAUGAUGUGCUGGAUUUCAACGACAUUGAAGAAAUGCAGUCGCCGCGAACAUUCGGCUCGCACCUGCGUUUCCGGUUCCUCCCUGAACAGAUGAAGCUCGGUAAAGGGAAAAUUGUCACCAUCACCCGUAAUCCGAAGGACAUCGUGGUAUCCUUGUACCACAUGCUGCAAAAGCUGACAAAAUUUGUCGGCUACGAGGGAACGUUUGAUGGCUUUCUUAAGUAUUUCCUCGGCGAAGAACGUAAGAUUUUAACUGAGACAUGUGGUGGCCUUUGA